UGUCCAAAGUAAAACCAAAGGACAGUUGCCAGAUGGAGGAGGAGGCGGACAAUAUUGAGGGUGAGAGAAUGCCCAAGAGAAAAGAAACCAAGGAGCCUGAAAGAGAUGUGUACACGUUCCCUGGAGACUCAGACCCUGAGAGUCCCCCUCCUGCCCCCUGGGCUCAUUGCACAUUCAUUCAGCGGUGCAGAAAGAAGAGGGUCCUGCUCAGGCCCUUCUCCGGCCUUGGCACCUUGAAGCGUUCAUUGCCUGAGACUGGCAAGGUGGCUAAGGUGGAACUUCAGAAAUCCAAAACUGUAACACCGACACAGCUGAGCCUAGGUGGAGGGGUCUAUGAUUUUGAGGAGGGCAACUUUGAAGAGGGCACAGCGGAUGAACCCGUAAAGUUCAGAGAUAAAGGAGGAAAAAGAGACAAAGAAGAAGAAGAAGAAAGCAGAGUAGAGCCAGGUAAUGAAAUUUUUACCUGUGUGGAAUGUAGCAUUUACUUCAAAAAGCAAGUCCAUCUGCAGGAGCACAUGAUUGAGCACCGUCACAGUGGUGCAGGAUGUGGGAGGCGCACGGGAAAGGGUGGCCGUUUUCGGUGUGUUGAGUGUGGAUGGAACCUACCGAAUCGGCUUGCACUGGCAGAACACCACAAAAGGCACGAGGAGUCCCGUCUGAAGAUCCUGGAGGAGAUUGAGAAACUGAAUGAAAACGGGAAUGAAAAAGAGAUUCACAAAUUGGACAGUAAGGUGGUCAAACUUACAAGCCCAGACACAGCUAUUAUGCAAGAUGCAGGCCCGGUCUCGAUUCCAGGCCAAGGGUCAGACCCAGAAAUAGUUACAGCUCCACCUCUAUCCCCAGCCCCAAUUUCGACACCAGACAGAGACCAAGCAACUCUUGACUCAGAUACAACUCCUCCAAAUUCAGUCCGAAGCCCAGCUCAGCCCCGAAGUGUCUCUGCCUACCGCCGCCGCUUUGUCUGCUCCAAGUGUAACUUCAGCACAAGAACCUCCCAGGCACUGGCUAAUCACACCAAGACCCACAACAGGGAAAAAAACGCUCUCCGGGGUGACACCCCAUCUCCUGGUUCACCAUCAUGUUUGGCAUCCACCUCCCUGGCCUGUGGUCAUUGUGCCUUCUUGACAUCCAGUCAAACUCUAUUGAGGGAACACCAGAAACUCGUUCACCCGGAACAGGUCUCCAUCAGUGGAGCACAGGCUGAUGAGACUGGCCAGCAUUCAAGGUCUAAUGUGGGUGCUCGAAUUUCAAAUCCCAUCCCAGAUUCCGACCACCUCUCAGGGUCUGGAUCCCUGCCCAAUGCCACUCAAGGCAAAAGCCAGCAAGGAGUCACUGCCUCUGAGGACAGCACAACACCGGACAGUGCUGCAGCUCGGCCCGCAAGCCGGGCAGUCUUUAAGUGUGUCGGGAAUAGGCGAUUCAGCAGGAGAGGGAAGACUUGGACUGAUCUAGCCAAGUAUCAGUCAAGACUAGAUGACGACAAGCUGGCUGGCAGUGAAGACGAGCAAGACGAAGAUCAGUGCACAGAGCUUGACAAUGACCUGUCUCAACAAGAUGCUAACUCACCUUUGGGAGAAAAACAGCACACCAGAGCACAUACAGAAGACCGUUCAUUAUCGCUCUCCCCUAAGAAAAGUGUAAAGGACGAAGACAAGGAGGAGGAGGAGAAAGACAGGAAGGUUUUCUUUUUGAGGAGGAGCAACCGGAUUACUGCUGCACCUGCAGAAAUUGACAGCGACGACGAUGACGACGACAUUGACGAGGAACACUUGCGACGUUUCCUGUCAGAGGGCAUCUUGGAUGAAGACAGAGACGAGAUUGAUGAGGAUGCGGAGACGCUGAAGAGUGUGGAGAGGAAAUGCCCCUACUGCCCCGAUCGAUUUCAUAACGGCAUCGGCCUUGCCAAUCAUGUGAGAGGCCACCUGAACCGAGUGGGCGUCAGCUACAAUGUGCGUCACUUCAUUUCCCCUGAGGAAGUCAAUGCCAUUGAGAAGAAGUUCUCCUAUCAGAAGAAGAAAAAAAAAGUUGCCAACUUUGACCCGGACACAUUCAGUGUGAUGCACUGUGAGUUCUGUAGCGCCGGCUUCGACACCCGGGCCGGCCUGUCCAGCCAUGCCCGUGCCCACCUCCGCGACUUCGGCAUCACUAACUGGGACGUUACCAUCUCUCCCAUCCACAUCUUGAGGGAGCUGUUCUCCAGCAGGCCGGACCUGGUAAUCCCCACAGCUCCCCCGCGGAGCCCUGGCUCCAUAGAGGAAGAAGAGGAGGAUGAAAUGGAGGAGGACGAGGAGGGAAUCAUUGAGCUCAGCGGUGCAUAUGGGGGCAAAAUGGCUGCUUCCACCUCCCCGCAGACCCAAACAAUAGCGGAAAAGCUGUCUGGCUUCAGCUGCCGGGAGUCCGAUGCACUGCGGUUGCGGACCGCUGAGGAAGAGGAUGAGGAUGAGCUGCAGCUUCCAGCUCUGGAUGCUCUGAGCCCGAGCCCAGGGAAGAUAGGGCUUUGCGGUGUGGACCAAGACAGCCUCUCUCCUGGGGAGGAUGCAGACACCAAGGUGCACAACUUGAAGUGUGAGGUGUGUGGAGCUCAGUUCGAGACCAGACGGGGAAUGUCCAGCCACGCCCGCUCUCACUUGCGCCAGCUGGGUAUCAGCGUUUCGGAGAGCAGCGGGGCGCCCAUCGACCUCCUCUACCAAAUUGCCAAGGAGCGUAAUCUUGACAGCCAAAUAAGCUCAUCUCUUCUGGAUCCCCUUUCGGCCAAGAACUCCUCUGCUUCCGCUUCUCAGAAAGAUGAGGACUUAGAAGACAUGGACUUAGACGAGAAGCCGAUACCCCUCUCCAUCCUGGCCAAAGCGGCGAAAGCGGUGCCGCCCGCUUCCUCCUCAACGCCUACACCUUCUCCUGGUGCCUCUCCAGCUCCGGCUCAUUCUAGCUCCCCUUCCUCAGUAGUGAGGAAAGCCCCAAUUUCCUCUCUACUGCCUGUGUCUUCCCCCUUGCGCUCACCGGAGCACAAGGCCGGGGGAAUGAAAAGUUUGACCUCUAACCUCUCUCCAUCUGCUGGCCUCACAACAUCCAAACCCAUCUGGGCACCGCAGGAAAAUGACGCACCUCUCAACCUCACACUCGAGGUGGACCCCAACAAAGACAUUGUUUGUCAGCUGUGCGGUGCUUGGUUUGAGACACGGAAAGGUUUAUCCAGCCACGCACGAGCCCACCUUCGGCACUUUGGGGUGGAGUACUCCGAAUCCAAGGGCUCUCCCAUCGACCUCCUCAACCAGCUCAUUGAUACUGACGACUUCAAGCACAAAGCCAGUGCACUGCAGCUCGACACCCACGCAGAACCGAGGGGCCUCACGACCAUGACGCUCUCCUCCCCGAAACAGACCCUGCUGAGCCUCUCCUCCUCCUCCUCCUCAUCCCUCCUCUAUAAGGUGACCACAGCCGGGGGUGGGUCGACAUCCAAAGCUACCUCUUCCUCUGCCUCAUCUCUACUUGGCCUGCCCGCCAAGCGACACAAGUCCUCUUCCAUGCAGGUCUUCCGCCUAAGUAGUGGGGAACUCAUGGCCCUUCCACACAGUGAACCUCCGAAGGAAAUAGGCUGUGAAUUCUGCGGGGAAUAUUUUGAGAACCGUAAAGGCCUCUCCAGCCACGCCCGCUCUCACCUGCGUCAGAUGGGCAUUACUGAGUGGUCUGUCAACGGCUCCCCGAUCGACACGCUACGGGAAAUCAUCAGCAGACGCGGCCUGCCUUGCGCCCUUCCUCUAAAACCUCUCAAAACUCCACCUCCGUCCUCUCCGGGACCCCCUCGUUCCCCUCUGUCCACCUCCUCCUCUCCCUCAGCUACCCUCCUGAGUCGGGUACCUUUCGCCUUCGCCCGUCCCUCCAGUCCUCCUCAUCCCGCCGUUUCUAAGUCGAGCUCGGCUCCACCGUCGUCGUCUAGCGGGCUCAUCCUCAAGCUGAAGCCUGAGCCGGUGCAGCUGGAGGUCACCGCGCCCGGGACUGCGGGGAGAUCUGGCGGCUUUUCGGCUGAACCUCUCAACUGUAGCUGGAGCAGCUCUGACAGUGUAUUCCCCCUCAACUUGGCCAUGGCCCAUGAAGUGGAGCCUACAAGGGAUAUUCGCUGUGAGUUCUGCGGGGAAUACUUUGAGAACCGUAAAGGCCUCUCCAGCCACGCCCGCUCCCACCUGCGCCAGAUGGGCAUUACAGAGUGGACUGUCAACGGCUCGCCCAUUGACACCCUGAGAGAGGUUAUGCACAAGAGAGGGGUCGGCGCCUCCUCUCAUUCGGACCAGGGAGUCAAGAAGGAGUCGAGCCAAGGAGCCCACAGUCCCCUAUGGGAGAGCAUGGGGAGCGCCGGCGGUUCAGAGGGCUUGGGUGUUUCAGGCUACCACACCUCUAAAUACCGUAAAUCUCCUCUCAGUUUGCUGCAGUCAGGGUCGAGGCUCCAUAAGCAGGGCCUGGGGUCCCUGGGUUCCUCCGGUACACCACCUGCAGGGAAGUUUUUCAGGAUGUCCCCACUUGGGAAACGGUCUCUGUCAGAGGAUGCCCAAUCACUGGAGACGGCCCACUCACCGACAACUCAGCUUAAGACUUUUUCACCUCUGUCACACGAGUUCUCCUACAAAAGGAAAUCCUCCCCAGACAAGCCCGGACACCAGGAUCCCAGCUGUGAGCUUUGUGGGUUCUACUUUGAGAACCGUAAGGCUCUAGCAAGCCACGCGCGAGCUCACCUAAGGCAGUUUGGCGUGACUGAGUGGUGUGUAAAUGGGUCCCCUAUUGAGACUCUCAGUGCUUGGAUGCGCAGCAGGCCGCAGAAGGUGUUGGAGAUGCACCGCAGCUACAUGCAGGGUAACCGCUCCACCCUCAAGAAGAAGGCCUCCUCUUCCUCCUCCUCCUCCUCCUCCUCCCAGUGGUCUUCUUCGUUGGCUGUAAGCCUGGUACGGCCGCUGAGCCGCGAGGUCAGCCAUGGCUCUUCCAAGACCGCAGAGGGUGAAGUUGGUACCAACCUACAGGCCGUUCCCUUCAGGCCCGGCCGCAGCAAUGCCAGCCCCUCGCGCCUCAUCAGUGGCCUCCCACUUCAAGCACAGGUGGCACGCAGUGAGCUUAACGUCCGCCUGCCCAGAGGUUUUGAGCGUCGGCCCUUGAAGCACCCGUCUUGCCCAGAUGGAACCGAGCGGGACAGCGGCCCUCCUAAACCUCCCCGCACAGGCACCGUCCCCGCCCUGGUGCCCAAACCACCUUCCUACCCACUGGUCAAACUGGUGGGCAAGUUCUACACCCUGAAGUGCCGGUUCUGCGAGGUGGAGUUCCACGGUCCGCUGUCGGUGCAGGAGGACUGGAUCAGACACCUCCAGCAACACAUCCUCAAGAUGAACUACAACAAGCCUGCUGCACCUAAAGCAGCCUCCGCUGAACCCUCUGCCCCGGCUGAUGACCCUGCCCCGGUCCAGGCCUCUGCCCCAGCCUCCACCUCUACCUCCAGCACCACCUCUACAACACCUGCCCUCACCUCCACCUCGACCCACACCACCUCCACGGCUCCCAAGAGCCAGUCCCCUACGCCGGCGGCAGAGUGCGCUCCGACUGUCACUGCCACAGAGAUAGUAAAGGUCUCAGAAGAGCAGCCCGCCCUAACUCCGACACCCAUUCCCCUCACCACUCAAACGGCGUAAGCUCUAAUUCGUCGCCCGCUGUCAUCUUACUCCCUUUUGGGGUUUUUUUUCCUGCCUUUUACAAUUUCUUUCUUCCAUCCGUUUCUUUCCUUUGGCCUUCACAAAGUGUUGUGAGGAGGUUUUUUCCCCCCUCCAAAGAGUCCUCUGAGCCCCAAGCACCUUUUGAAGCAGCUUUCUAGACUGUUACUAAGUCCCGUUACCAUGGGAACGAAGCUCUCCUGGCUUAUCCCUGCGUCGGGGAUGGGUGAUUGUGGGCACUGUCCAAGGUUAUGAGGAGAGAUGAACUUACGUUUUGUGUUUGCCUUGUUUCAUAUGAAUGUCCAGGUGUUGACGUGGACCGAUACUGUACCCCUCUGAUUUAGGGGUUAAUGUAGCCCUUAUCAAACUAACCUCCCCUCCCUCCAUGUCCACUACAUU